CCACCCACCCACCCGAGAAGAGAAGGAGAGGGAAGGGGCACACCGGCGGCGGCGCGGCCUCCUCCCCUAUUUGCUUCGCAAGAAAAGCUUCCGGCCCGCCCGCCCGCCAUGGGGACGAGGUAGCGCCCCCCUUCCUUCCUUCCCCGAGCCUGCCUACCUGCGGUCCUCAAAUCAAGCUUGGGAUUGGAGGAGGAGAUGGAGCAAGGAGGAGCGCCCAGCGGGCUCGGCAGCAUGCGCGCGCUGCUCGCCAUCCUCCAGUGGUGGGGCUUCAACGUCACCGUCAUCAUCAUCAACAAGUGGAUCUUCCAGAAGCUGGAUUUCAAAUUUCCUCUGACAGUGUCUUGUGUCCACUUCAUAUGCUCGUCAAUUGGGGCUUAUAUUGCAAUCCAUGUACUUAAAGCGAAACCACUGAUUGAAGUCGAACCGGAGGACCGUUGGAGAAGGAUUUUUCCAAUGUCAUUUGUCUUCUGCAUAAACAUCGUGCUCGGAAAUGUCAGCCUGCGCUACAUCCCAGUUUCAUUUAUGCAGACAAUCAAAUCUUUCACUCCUGCAACCACAGUUAUUCUGCAGUGGUUAGUUUGGAGCAAGUAUUUUGAGUGGCGCAUAUGGGCUUCGUUGGUCCCAAUAGUUGGGGGAAUACUCCUAACUUCAAUAACAGAGCUUAGUUUCAACAUGUUUGGUUUCUGUGCUGCCAUGGUAGGCUGCCUCGCUACAUCUACCAAGACCAUUUUGGCAGAGUCUCUACUCCAUGGAUACAAAUUUGACAGCAUUAACACAGUGUACUACAUGGCACCCUUUGCCACCAUGAUACUGGCUCUACCAGCAAUGUUACUUGAAGGAGGUGGUGUGGUUACCUGGUUCUACACACACGAGUCAAUUGGUUCUGCACUAAUUAUCAUCAUAGGCUCAGGAGUGCUCGCAUUUUGUCUGAACUUCUCCAUCUUCUAUGUGAUCCAUUCAACCACUGCAGUGACCUUCAAUGUUGCCGGCAACCUGAAGGUUGCUGUUGCUGUAUUGGUGUCGUGGUUGAUCUUCCGGAAUCCAAUCUCUGCUAUGAAUGCGAUCGGAUGUGCGAUCACGCUCGUUGGUUGUACUUUUUAUGGCUACGUGAGGCAUUUGAUCUCUCAACAGCAAGCUCCUGCCCCAGGAAGCCCAAGAACAUCACAGACAAAUUCGCCCAGAAGUCGAAUGGAGAUGCUACCCCUUGUAGGCGACAAGCAAGAAAAGGUCUAGUAAAAGAAUACACUUGUAUGCAACAGCCAUUAUGGUAUGGAUCUCCUUGUAGCUUGAACUAUUGUGUUCCAUCAAGUUAUUGUUUUCGAAUUGACUAUAAAAUACGCACACUAAACUUUCUUCGGUGUAGUACAAUACAUAAUUUUUCGACGGCAUAGGCUUAGCA